CGAUGAGCCGUUACAAUCACCCCGUCGCCCCGGGAGAAUCCGUCCCGGAUUCAAAAAUCAGAGCAGAUAAAGGCGUUCUACUUUCUUGGUUUUGUUUCUCCUGCUUGAUAUUCGAGAGUAAAUGACUGGCGCCACUACAAAGAAAUCGAACUAGAUUGGCACCUAAUCGUUUACCUGAUUUGAAUGAAAAUUCAAACACAAGUCAAAUCUCGUCUUCGGAUCAAAUACUAUAAAAUAUCGUAACGUCAAUAAAUUAAAAAAAAAAAAUAAAUAAAUAAACAAAUAAAAUAAAAUAAAAUUAACCAAAAUUAAAUUGAAUUGAAGUAAAUUGAAUUUAACUUAAAUUAAAUUUAGAAAAGAAAAUAUCCACCAUCAUGGUCAUAAAAAAAAAGAUAAAAACAAAAUAAAUAAACAACAACAAGCUCAUCAUGAUUGUCAAUUGUCCAUGGACAACAUAAAUGACGACGAUGAGAAGAAGAGGAGAAUGUUGCAUAUUGUUCAAUGGGUGGAAAAAGUGGGUGGUGGUAGCCUACUCGUUUUGGUCGAAAAACCCACCGGUGGUUUCAGCUGGUCAAGAAGAGUAUUGUAUUUAGCAAUACUCUUCGCGCAAAAGACGCAGCUGUUCACCGCCGUGCGGGUCUUCGGCCAAAGGCCACCACCCACUGCCGGGACAGUCGUCUUUGCAGAAACAGACUCCGUUCCGGACUCAUAUAUUGAGUCUUUUACUCAUGUUUAUUUUUAUGAUUUUUGUUUAUUAUUUUAAUAAUUGAUAUUUUGUUUCGUUAAGUUCACUUUUCUUUUCUCGUUUUCUCCCUUAUUUUUUUUCUUUCUCAAUCUUCUUGUUCGUGUAAAUAAUUUUUUUUUUAAAUAUAAGUUGAAAGUUAAGUCAAGAAAACUUCAUAUGCACCAGAUGGACAAAAGAAUGCAAGCCAGAGAGAGAAGAAUGACUGUUACUAUGCUAUUGCGAUACAGACCUGAGUAGAAAACUAACGAGAAAAAGGGAAAAGAAGUUAAUUCAUCCAAAGAACAAGUUCUGGUCUCAAUUUUCGAAGUAAGUAUUUUUUAGUAAAUUUUCUUUGGUUUUUGGAUUAAUUUCCAAAUUUAGUCCCAAAUAUCUUUGAUAGAAAUCAGCUGCUGUUUCAUUUUCUUUUUGAACGCAACGGCUACGUUCAAUUUUCAAAGCCUCUAUCCUUUCAGGACUACGAAAACGAGACAAGAACAACUUCCUAUAUAUUUCCUUUAAUAAAAAAAUCUAAUUCAUCUUGAGUUAAAUUUCCUCUAUCUUGUUCUAAUUUAAUUGUUAUAUCAAAUGAAAAUAAUAAUUUAUGUUUUUCAAAUAUACCCGUACAACCAUAAUUAUAAACAUUUAGUGUUAAUGUUGUCAUUAUAUUUUUAUAUUUUAGUUUAUUUAUUUAUAUUAUUUAAUUAAUUAAUAAUAUUUUUAGAAAAUAUGAUAAAAUUGGUUGGAAUGUAUCGUAUGAUUUUAAUGAGUCCGAUUUUCGUGUUUGUAUGCAAAUAUUAGAUACGUAUUUGACAAAAGCUAUAGCAAAUAAUGAUACAAGAAUUCCAUGGGGCUCAUUGAAAUAUUUAAUUGGAGAGGUAAUGUACGGUGGACAAGCAAUUGAUAAUUUUGAUCGACGAGUAUUACGAACAUAUAUGAACGAAUACAUGGGGGAUUUUAUUUUUGAUACAUUUCAACCAUUUUAUUUUCAUCAUAGUCCAGAUGUAUCGUAUUAUAUUCCAACAACACAAGUAGAUGCACAACAACAAGGAUUACCAAUGAAAGAAAUGUGUCUAGGAAUAUCGCGACAAUAUAUCGAAUCAUUACCAUUAACAAAUACUCCAGAAAUAUUUGGUUUCCAUCCAAAUGCAGAAAUUGGCUAUUAUACAAAGUCUGCACGUGAUAUAUGGGAGCAACUAAUCGAAUUACAACUACAAUCUGGUGAAGCCACUGGUGGAAUGAAUCGUGAUGAAUACAUCGACAGUACAGCAGCUGAUAUACUAAAACGUGUACCACCUCAAUAUGACACUGAUAAAGUUUGGAAAACAUUUGGUGGUGAAUCGAUUUCUCCAACAUCCGUGGUAUCAUUAACAACAUUGAGACGAGUAUUGAAAGGUGAAGUAGGAAUGUCAAACGAAAUGGAUGAUUUAGCACGAGCUCUCUAUAAUGGACAAUUGCUUCCAAUGUGGAAAAAAUUAAUACCUGCAACAAAAAAAAAUCUUGCCACUUGGGUGGAUCAUUUUCUGAGAAGAAAUCAAUUGUACAACGGUUGGGUGAAUGAAGGUGAACCAAAUAUCAUGUGGCUGUCCGGCUUACAUAUUCCUGAAUCAUAUUUAACUGCACUUGUUCAAGUAACAUGUCGUAAAAAUGGUUGGCCACUAGAUAAGUCAACAUUGUACACACAAGUGACCGAAAGCGGAAGAUGUUGUUUUAUAACUGGACUUUAUUUGGAAGGAGCAAGUUGGGAUGUUCAAAAAUGUUGUUUAUUAAGACAACGUCCAAAAGAACUUAUACAAGAAUUACCAGUUAUGAAAGUUAUUCCAAUCGAAUCACACAAACUUAAAUUACAGAAUACAUUACGAUGCCCUGUUUAUGUCACGUCCGAUCGUCGUAACGCAAUGGGAGUGGGUUUAGUGUUUGAAUCUGAUUUAUCCACAACUGAACAUAGCAGUUAUUGGGUAUUACAAGGUUUCUGUCUUAUUUUGAAUACUGACUAA